CCAUAGCCUACACUGCAGAUUAUCAGAAAUGGCAGUCGUAGCUAUUGGUUGGUGACUUUUUCCUAAGUGGAAAUCAGCGCUGUAAAAUUGACAAAAUGCCACUGGACUUUAUAUCCGCGUGAUAUAUGUGUAACUCUUUAUUUCGGAAGUGACACCUAUGUAACAAUGUGCCUCAGAAUCAACGCUUCCUAACCGUUUGUACAAUCACACCCCUCCGACCAGCUUUUGUCAACGUCACUGGAUUUCGCGUGGUCUCAUGUCACGUUCAGGACACCUCGGAACUGGACCUCGGAAAUAAAGACAUAUUGCAAAUGCAAAUACAGGUUUCAAGGCGCCUUGAACGUGGCUUUGACUCCUAACCCAGCAGCCAACAGCGGGUUUUAUAAAUCCGACCUACGAUUCACCGCGUUCGGAGAAAUUGAACAUUGCAGUCAGAGGAUGACUGCAACGCGUGAAGGGAUGACGAUGGGACCGCUUGUCGCAGCUAUCGACCAAGGCACGAGCUCGACCAGGUUUCUGGUGUUUAAUGCUAAAACGGCAGAGCUGCUCAGUCAUCACCAGGUUGAGAUAAGGCAGAGUUUCCCUAAAGAGGGCUGGGUAGAACAGGAUCCUAAGGAGAUUCUACAGUCUGUCUACGACUGCAUGGAGAGGACCUGUGAGAAGCUGGGCCAACUUCACAUCGACGUCUCCCACAUUAAAGCCGUCGGAGUGACCAAUCAGAGGGAGACGACCCUAGUCUGGGACAAAGAGACGGGCGAGCCGCUCUACAAUGCAAUUGUUUGGCUCGAUCUGCGCACGCAGUCCACCGUGGAGAGACUGAUCAACAAGACGCCUGGCAAGAGCAAGAACCAUCUGAAGCACAAAACGGGCUUGCCCAUCAGCACAUACUUCAGUGCCGUAAAGCUGCGUUGGCUGAUGGACAAUGUGGAGGAGGUGGCUGAAGCUGUCCUGACCCACCGGGCCAUGUUCGGCACCGUGGACUCCUGGCUGAUCUGGUGUCUGACCGGGGGGAAGAGUGGGGGGGUCCAUGUCACAGACGUGACCAACGCAAGCCGGACGAUGCUCUUCAACAUACACACACUGGACUGGGACCCUGAACUCUGCAGAUAUUUUGGUGUCCCGAUGGAAAUCCUUCCCAAAGUGAAGAGCUCCUCAGAAAUAUAUGGUUCCAUGAAUUCUGGCUCCCUGGCAGGAGUGCCCAUCUCAGGGUGUCUAGGGGACCAGUCGGCUGCUUUGGUCGGUCAGAUGUGCUUCCAGGAUGGACAAGCUAAAAACACGUAUGGAACCGGUUGCUUCCUGCUCAGAAACACAGGAGUGGAGCCGGUGAUGUCAGACCACGGCCUCUUGACCACCAUUGCCUAUAAACUGGGGAAGGACGCCCCAGCCUACUACGCUCUCGAGGGCUCGGUGGCCAUAGCUGGGGCGGUGGUACGCUGGCUGAAGGAUAACAUGGGAAUCAUCCGCUCCUCAUCUGAGAUAGAGAAGCUGGCAGGCGAAGUGGGCUCGUCGUACGGUUGCUACUUUGUUCCAGCCUUCUCUGGUCUGUAUGCCCCUUACUGGGAGCCCAGUGCACGAGGGAUCAUCUGUGGUCUGACUCAGUUCACUAACCGCAGUCACCUGGCCUUCGCCGCUCUGGAGGCUGUGUGCUUCCAGACCAGAGAGAUCCUGGAUGCCAUGAAUCAGGACUACGGGGUUCCUCUGAGUCAGCUACAGGUGGAUGGAGGCAUGACAUCCAACAGACUAUUGAUGCAGCUACAGGCUGAUAUACUCUGUGUUCCUGUGGUGAAGCCAUCCAUGCCAGAGACCACUGCGCUGGGCGCUGCCAUGGCCGCGGGAGCAGCCGAAGGUGUCGGCGUCUGGAGUCUGGCGCCUGGUGACCUCGCAGCCGUCCCCACUGAGAGAUACCAACCCCAGAUCAACACGGAGGAGAGUGAGUUCCGGUACGCACGCUGGAAGAAAGCUGUCCAGAAGGCCAUGAACUGGGAGACCACGGAACCAGUCAGUAAUGGGAAUGGUACCGUCGAUUAAGACCACCAGUAGCAGGAUCAGAGCUGGCACAGUGGGCACAGAAUGAAUAUAGAGGAUUGGAGGCGGAAAAAGACGGAACAUGCAGAACGUAACCCUAACCCUUUUUGGGCAUGCUUUAUACUGACCUUCUUUCUGAGAGCAUUCCAUGUCCACAGCCUGAUAUCACCCACUGUACCUAAACAGCCCCCUAGUCCUAUUCCCACCCUAACCCUAUUCCCACCCUAGUCCCACUCUAACCCUAGUCCCACCCUAGUCCUAUUCCCAUCCUAGUCCUAUUCCCAUCCUAGUCCUAUUCCCACCCUAGUCCUAUUCCCACCCUAGUCCCACCCUAACACUAUUCCCACCCUAGUCCUAUUCCAACCCUAGUCCCACCCUAACCCUAUUCCAACCCUAGUCCUAUUCCAACCCUAGUCCUAUUCCCACCCUAGUCCUAUUCCCACCCUAACCCUAUUCCCACCCUAACCCUAGUCCCAACCUAGUCCUAUUCCAACCCUAGACCCACCCUAACCCUAUUCCCACCCUAGUCCUAUUCCAACCCUAGUCCUAUUCCAACCCUAGUCCUAUUCCCACCCUAGUCCCACCCUAACCCUAUUCUCACCCUAGUCCCACCCUAACCCUAUUCUCACCCUAGUCCUAUUCCAACCCUAGUCCUAUUCCAACCCUAGUCCUAUUCCCACCCUAGUCCUAUUCCCACCCUAACCCCAUUCCCACCCUAACCCUAGUCCCACCCUAGUCCUAUUCCAACCCUAGUCCUAUUCCAAACCUAGUCCUAUUCCCACCCUAACCCUAGUCCCACCCUAACCCUAGUCCCACCCUAGUCCUAUUCCAACCCUAGUCCUAGUCCCACCCUAACCCUAUUCCCACCCUAGUCCUAGUCCCACCCUAACCCUAGUCCAAUAAUGAUGGGUGUCAAAUCAAAGUUUUCCAUUAUUAAGCUGAUGACAAAGGCUGCAAUUUGCUUUUAAUAUAAUCCAGGCUCCACUCUGUCAUCUGAAGUUACUUUUAAAUGUGUAUGUUCCAAAGUCUAAAUGUGACCACUGAAUCUCCCAGGUAUUGUCAUUAUGUAGGACAGAAAAUAGAUAGGCUAACCACCUAAAAGUACUUUGAAUUUUAUGUAGAUGAGUGUCCUCCUUUGAACCUCAUAAAGGGGUUAUUGUGAAAAAGCUCAGGUUAAUGUUGUGUUUUUAUUUUCAGUGUUAUUUUGCUACUGAAGCAGGAACAAGCAGCCUUGUUUUUCCUAUCUUUCUGCCUGUAAUUGACUAUGGUUAUGCACUGUACAAGCAUUUUCUUGUGGUCUCAUUGUAUGCUGGACUGUGUGGUGUACAAAGUUAAAUAACUUGCCUGGUUUUAGAUGUGUUCACCAGUUUUGGGGAGGUUUGAUGAUCUAGAUGACCAGGUAAAGGGAGUUCAUAACUAAACCGUUGAUCAAAGAAUUAAAAAGGAGGAGGGAGAAAUAAUCGAUUAAGGCCACUGGUGUUACAGCUCCCAAUUGGGAACUCCCCAGAACUUUCCAGGACAUUCCAGGACAUUCCAGGACAUUGUUCCCUCUGCCUGGGAUGAACUACAAAAGACGAUUUUAAAUAUAUGAUCAAAUCUAUGGUGGAUUAUCAUUUGGGGGACUGUAAAUGCUUUGACCCUCACCUUGCACUUUACCUCUGACAAUUUAUGUAUAAUUAGGAACUGUGGAAAUCUGUGUUUUUAUGUUGUGACUGUACAUAACUUCUGUGUGCUGCCACUCUCGGGAAAAGAGAUUUUAAUCUUGAUUUGGCCAAAGCUGGUUAAAUCAAGAUUAAGGAAAUUAAAUGUAUUUGAUUAUG